AUGCGUAAUCCUCCUCCUGCCAAGUUCACAAAGGAAACGGUAUUGCCACCUACUGAUCCCGCUUCUCCCUUCUUUACUAACUUACCCCCAUCAAAUACUCGUCCCGUGGAUGAAUUAGUACAGUACUUCAGACAGUGGAAACACUUUAUUAAGGCGUUGAUUGUAUACUUGAAGGAAAUAGCAGCCACCAAAGAGUUCAAUGCUUCCAUUAAUUAUCAGCUUAUCUCUGCAAUCUCCUUCCCAGGUUUGGAAGACUUGCCCAAGAAGGUCACCCAAUGGAUCCAAGAUUCUUAUAAUAGUCCUACGUCAACUCCAAGACAAGAAGUAAAACGUUCUUUACUGGCUGAUAACAUAACCUCUACUAACAACACAUCUACGGCUUCACUUUCAUGUACUCAAUCAAAUCACACUACCACAUCAACUAACUCAUCUGAUGGGAAAAGACCCCCUUUGUUCAGUAACAAGUCAAACUCAUCCUUCUUGAAACUAGGUCUGAAAAGUCAUCACAACCAACAACAACAAUCCCUGUUACUUCCUCCAAAAUCAAAAACACUGUCUAACCCUACAUCUCCUACCUUACGUCCGGUUUCACAUAAAAGGGACAACGCAUCGAUCUCAUCCUUAACCAGUGUUCUUAGUUCAGGUGAUGGCUCAAAUCCUGAAAGAGGAGCCAAAUUCGCAGACCCUCUUUCAAACGUAGAGCUUGAAAGCUUUGCCGCUUAUUUUACUUCUAAUUCCAUUUUUACAGGAGUACCCACGAUUUUGUUGAAGUAUCAUUUAAAUGGCUAUGGAGCUAAUACCAAGUCACACCGAGACAUCACCACGAAAAUGAUUCCCAGGUUGGAAAAUCUCUUCAAGACAGUAUCACUGAAGAUCAAGGAGUUGAAAACGUAUGUCAAGAACGAUUCGUUUGCCAAUACAGAGGUGUUAAAGGAGAUCAGUAGAACAGGAAAGAUUUUAUCUGAGUUCACAAAUGCAGUAGAAAGGUACAAUGGACUGGUUCCAGUAGCAAAAGGCAGAUACGUGGUUCCCAUGCCUCUUGCUACCAAAACGAAUCCAUCAUCAGAAUUAAAGUCCGACGAAGAGGAUGCAGAUACAGAUGCUUCAAAAAAAGGAACAACAACAACAGCACCAGAUAAUGAUGAAGAUAAUACUGCUGUAUCCGAUGACCCAUUUCUUGUUAAAUUAAGACUAGAUCAUCAAAUAAAGUAUCAACUAUUACAAGAGAAUUACAAGUUUGCUUCUUAUAUGAACUUGCAAAAUAUAGCCCGAGACAUAUUUGCAUAUAUGUAUAAAGAAUUGAGUUCUUUCCUUAUGAAGUUGGGAAAGCUUUCAAGCAAUGAAUAUGCAUUUGGAAAUGAUCCUCUUGGGGGACUUUAUUUAAUGUUAAAGGAGAGAUUGCAGACUACAUCUAGUGAAGAGUUUGAGCAUUUUGCUAUUAAUAAUGCUGCAUUUAUCAACAUUUAUAAGGAUUCAGGGGUCAAUUUCAGAAAGGAAAGCAGACUUUUCUCUCAUUUGAAGAUUCCAUAUCAUGAUAGUAUUCAUUCAAAGUGUCUUCGAUUUGGACCAUUAUACAAAAAGUCUAAGAUUAUGAAGAACUAUUCGUGUCAUUAUUUCUUGUUGACUUGCAAUUAUUUACAUGAAUUCAAACUUGAUAUGAAUUCAAAUUCUGGAAAUGAAUCCAUGAAUGGUAAUGGUGGCGGUACGGUGAAAAAUAGUUCACUGAAUCAGAAAAAGACUAAAGUUAAGGCUUUUAUCGGUCCUGAUGAUAUCCCAGUAAAAUCCUACAAUUUGAAUGAAUAUUCCAUCAAGCCUAAAAAUGAUGAUGUCAAAGGUUUUAAAUUUGUCCUUUGCAAAAGAUCCAAUAUGUCUCGUAAGAGUACAUUUAAAUGUCUUGAUGAACGUGAAUUCGAUGGAUGGUACAAUGAUUUGUAUGAGUUACUUAAAUUUGGAAGUAGACAUUUAGAACGAUUUGCAUUGGUUCAAGAGAAACUUGAGGCUAGAGAUCUGGAUUUAAGUCAUACACUGAAUAAGAAGAAUCACGCAAAUUUGAAGUUAGAUUUGAAGAAUCAACCAAUGAAUGUUCCUAUUACACCCAAUCUUUCACCAUAUACUUCGCACGAAGUUGGUAUUUCAACGUCUUCAUUGACUGUGAACAACCAGAAUGAAGCCUUAUCUGGGAUAUUCACUCCUAGGGUUAUUUCUCCUAAACAGAGUCAGGAAUUUCCAUUCCAUCAAGGUGGUAAUUUUUCAGUUGAUACCAACCAAUCACUGUUUACUAGUGAAUCUAGUCAUCUGGUUACACCCGCACUAACUCCACCCAAUGGAGGUAUAGUUAUGGAUGAAGACAACACUCUUCAAUUACAAGAACUGCAAUUAUUGAGAGAAAAGAUCAAUGAAGUUCAAAGACAACGGAUGCAAGUAGAAUUAGACGGGAAUCAUGUAUUAUUCUCCGAUAAUGAGUCUACUACGAUUCCUACCUUUAGAGAUGAUUCUCAAAUCUCACCCAAUAGUUCCAGACCUCCAUCAUUCAUUGAGGGCCAUAACAACAACAACAACAACAACAACAACAACAACAAUAGUAGUAGUCAUACGACCAAUGGUAAUGGUCAAAUGAACCCUCAGAUAAUAGUGAGUCAUGAGUAG